UGCCCCCGGAGGGAAUGGCACCCUGGACCAGGCCGGCCUCAAGCUCAACGUCAUUUGACGACAGCAUGUUUUUCGGAGUAGGAAAGUUACGUUUACUCGUCGGCUCCUCGGCCGUACCUGACACAGACUCGAGGGUCGAUCCUGGCUGGACCCUGCACGAAGUUCGAACCGAGCAGGCGGUCGCCUCGAUACGGGGUGGUAUUCAGCAAUCGGGGCCCUCUGCGGGCCGACUUGUGGAAUUCUGUGUGGAACAAGACAUCAUCAUCUCUCUGCAAUGGAAUCGACGAUGCCCUCGUACUAGCUCUUCUGCGCCGUCUGCGAGCUGCUCAUCAAGCUUCAACCCACGGCGUUAUCAGACAGGCAUCAUAUACGGUCUGAGAACUUGGAAUGGCACGCUUCUCGCUGGUAGACUGGCCUUCGGCCGACCCAGUCCUCAGGCUCCCACACCCAUACCUGACCCCGUACUUCAUCACAACCUCCAGCAAGGCGGUAUCAUCCUCCUCAGCAAGGCUAUACCAGCUGAGCACACCUGAACAUGCCGGGCCCCACACACAUGCUCCUCCAGAGCCACUGCACAGCACAAGUCUGCACUUCAGCGAGCCCGAGCAUCUCAAGUCCGGCGAGCUCCCUCCCCAGUCCAACAACACGGCAUGGGCCCGCGCACGGCGCUCGCCAAAGUCCAGCCUCAUCUGGGACGGCGACGCAGCACCAACGCUGGCACAGGCAUGGCUCUUCAUCUACGUGCUGUUUACCGUCAGGCCGGACGAGGAAUUCAUCCGCCUCAGCCUCGAGGGCACCGGCCAUGAGAUACUCGCAGACCAGCUGCGCGCCACCGUACUGGCCGUCGACCACCCGCAGGAUAGCAGCCCGGGCGCGAAGACACCGCCCGGGGAGCUGAUCCUGCUGCGGGCAUCCUUCUGGCAGGGCGCAGGGUCGCCCUUUGGAGCCCGCGGCGCCUGGGUUCCCACCGACCGGCCCGGAACCGUAUACGCCUCGGCCGCUACCCCAGCCCUGACGUACAUGAUGACCUCGAACGCGGGCACGGCGCAGGUAUGGCACCCCAGGCGGGCUCCCAAGCCCCGCCCGGGCAGCACAGUCUACUCGAGGUGGGUGCCGCACCUGCGCGAGACCUUCAGCAUGGUGGCGCUGGACCACACCGACCCCUCGCACCUGGAACUAUUCCACAACUGGCAGAACGACCCGCGUGUCAGUGCCGGCUGGGAUGAAGCAGGCACGCUGGAACAGCACCGCGAGUACCUGCGGCGGGCGCACGAGGACCCGCACCGGCUCGCCGUCCUGGCGGCCUUUGACGGGGUUUUCUUUGCCUACUUUGAGACGUACUGGGCCCGUGAGGAUCCCCUGGGCGCGUACUAUCCGAGCCGCGACUUCGACCGCGGCCGCGAGAGCCUCGUCGGUGACGUCCGCUAUCGCGGCGCUCACCGCGUGGGCGCGUGGUGGAGCAGUCUCAUGCACUAUCUUUUCCUCGACGACCCGCGCACGAUGCAGGUCGUCGGAGACCCCAAGUUCACAAACUCGACCGUGCUGGCGUACGACCUUGUCCACGGGUUCAGCCUCGACAAGUUCGUCGACCUGCCGAACAAGAGGGGCGCGCUUAUGAGGUGCUCGCGUGAGCGCUUCUUCCAGAUCUGCCCGCUUGCCGAGGACGAGCGAGAGAGGAAGCAGAAGGUUGUCGGAGGGACGUUGGUCGGCUUGGUUCCAAAGCUCUGAUGUGCGAUGUACGGACCAAGUCGUGGGGAACGUAUUGUAUAUACAGCUGGCUGGCUGACUUUAUUUCAAAGCCAUAACUAUAUACAUCUAGAAUUGGGCUCA